AGAAGAAUCGUGAAUCCUUUUUGUACCUGAUUCAGACGAACCCAAGAGCUGGGUCCAAAUACUCUGUCGCUUUGACCAGAACGUCUGCAGAUUGCUUCGUCUCCUGCAUGGAUUGGUGGACAACUCGCCGACUGGUCGGAUCAUCGUUCUCUUCCCCGCUUCAUCGUUCAGUGCCACAAAAAGUUCAGGUCUUUGCGGAUGGAUCAGCGAGCGCUUGGGCGAGCUAUGCACGCCUAGCAUUUCCCUCCUUGAGCAUGACCGUCAGCGAUUUGCGCCGGAUGUACAAGGUGCCGGACGGGCAUCGAAAUCAUGCUCCCAAGAACUCCCAAGCCUUGGCCAGCUUCUUCAACAUCUCGGCGUCCGAGGCGGACGCGCGGCGCUUCCAUUUGGCCAUGGGCAACCGCCGGCAGCCCUCGGUGCACUUCGUGGGCCCACAGGGACCGCCGGGCGUGGAGGGGAACAUUGACCUCCAGUGGAUCCAAGACGGGAGCAUCUGAGCCCCAAAAGCGAACGGCCAAAAGGAGCCGGUCCCAUGGACCCAUUCGUUGGCCCGAACGAGACCAUGUCCGAAGACUGCCACAUGUCCGAAGACUGACCAACUGACUAGCUGUGACUAGCUUGGGUGUUCGAACAUGUUUGUCGGUGGUCGUAACAGUUUCGUAAAGGACAAGACGCCGUUGGUUCCCUGCAUUUGAAGCAGCUGGCCGGUGAGGCCAUGGGCAACAAUGUGCCGGUGACUUACUGGGCAACUCCCGGUGGUGAUCCUGCCACAGCCCAUGAGCCGUUCUUGGAGUGGAUCCUGGAGCUUGCCAACAGUACUGACCCGCCCUUGGUGCAUUCCUUGAGCUAUGGAGAGAACGAGGAGGAUUACUCGGCCGCCUACCAGCGCCGUGCCAACCUGGAGCUCGCCAAGCUGGGCUUGCGGGGCGUCACGGUGCUGGCGGCCAGCGGCGACACCGGUGUCCAGGGCGCUGCACAGGCGGGCGGUCAACCACCGCGAUGCGCGCCCUUUGCAGCAGUUUGGCCGGCCUCCUCGCCCUACGUCACCGCAGUGGGCGCCACCAUGGUCUCUUGGGAGGUCUGCAACAUCGACCGGAUUUAUGCCAUGGGAAGCAACUCUUCCAUGCCCUUUGCCUGCCCAGAGACCAACGUGGGCGAAAUCGUGUGCUCCACGCAGACUGGAUCGAUGAUCACCAGUGGUGGGGGCUUCUCUCAACGAUUUGCGAGGCCUGACUAUCAGGCCGAAGUCAUCGAGGAAUAUCUCAGCCAGGUGAAGGUGAACCGAUCCCUCUUCAAUGCCACAGGCCGGGGAUAUCCGGAUCUGAGCGCCACGGGUGCUAACGUGCCGAUCAUCUUCGAGAACCGCUUGACCAUGGUUGGUGGCACCUCCGCAAGCAGCCCGAUCGUUGCGGGCUUGGUGGCCUUGUUGAAUGGCGAAAGGCUGGCUUCUGGCUUGCCACCUCUGGGAUUUUUGAAUCCUUUGCUGUACUCCAGCUAUCAGCGGUGGCCUGACAUCGUCCAGGACGUUCGGGUGGGGAACAUCUCAGGCUCCAACCUGCUUCUCCCGAGCGGCUCCAUCAGAGACUGCGCUGAAGGCUUCGAAGCUUUGCCGGGCUGGGAUGCGGCCACUGGACUCGGUUCCCCGAACUUCAAAGAGAUGCCCCGGGCGCCCAGCGGAGAGGGGUCGCUGAACGCAAGUCUAACAUAG